AUGGUUCACGCGCCUUGCGAAGCCAGGCUACAGAUUUCAGAAGCUCGUAGGUCAGGGCAAUUCUCCGACCUCACAUUUGUAUGCGGAGGCCAACAAAUCCCUGCACACAGGAUUAUAGUGUGUCCGCAGUCUCCGGUUAUCCAUGCCGCAUGCAUUGGUCCUUAUAGAGAGCAGGAAACGGGUAUAUACGAGAUCAAAGACGUCUCAUUCGACAUUGUCCGACAAAUGGUGGAGUACUUGUACACAGGUCAAUAUGAAGUGCCGUCGCCUCAAGAGCCUGAUGACGAGGAGAAGCGCGACGCCAUUUCGCCGCUGGUAUUUCAUGCAAGAAUGUUUGAUAUCGCAGAUACAUACCUCAUCAAGGGGCUGCAAUCGCUCUCCAUGGCCAAUUUCAAGGAAUCUGUCAGGCGUGACCUGGACAACUUGGUUGAAUCUGUCAGAGAACGGACCGUCCGCCACUUGGAUUCUAGCGCAGAAGAAGUCUUUGAUGAAAUAACGGACCAGAUUCCAAAUUUCACCAAAGAUAUUCUCAGUUCAGUCUUGCAUGAGCCAAUUUUAGGUCGUUGUUCUCAUUGUGGAUACGAUAAGCUGGUCCCGGUGGUUCCUUUGCAGUGCAGGUGCAAAGCUUGUGGGAAAGGAGGUGCAUCAAGUUUGUGA